AUGGCAAAUCAUGGAAAAGUAGAAGAAUAUGACUCACAAGAGGAAUGGAGUCAGUAUAUUGAGCGGUUGGAAUUUUAUUUCGAAGCAAAUGGCGUGGACGACGAAGAUAAACAACGAGCGAUAUUAUUGAGUGUUUGUGGUAGCAAGACGUAUAAGUUGAUUCGGAACUUAAUCACGCCGAAUAAACCGUCAGAGAAGACGUUUGCAGAGCUAGUAGAACUUGUACAACAACAUCAACACCCAAAACCGUCGGCAAUAGUGCAACGAUUCAAGUUUAAUACUCGGUUCAGGAAACCUGGUGAGUCAAUUGCUUCGAAUGUAGCUGAAUUAAGAAGUCUUUCAGAACAUUGUGAUUUCAAGAGUACCUUAGAAGAGAUGUUACGUGAUCGGUUGGUGUGUGGAAUAAAUGACGAACAGAUUCAGCGUAGAUUGUUAGCAGAAAGUUCUCUCGACUUUAAGAAAGCCAUGAAAAUAGCUACAUCAAUGGAGACUGCAUGCAGUAAAGAAUGCACGAGAUUUGACACAUCAGAUGGCCAAUGCAAAUAUAACGACUGA